CGCGAUGUUGGCGGGGUCUUAAGAUGGCUGCCGGGCGUCUCUCUCCUAACCGGGAAACAGGCUCCUGUUUACAAUUGCUGUAUCCCGGGAAAGAGCCGCAGUUAAUGGGAGUGUCAGCAGGCUAGACAUCCUGAACCAGAGCCUUCGGCGCUUAGUGCUGUGCCCGGGACGGGAUUCCUCCCGUUUGGGGACUGGAGUGUGACGCUGCCGCCAGAGAGCCUGCCGAGUUCCGGGGUGUGCAGCCAAGCAGCCAGAGGUGCACCUUUCUAGAGCCACCCUCUUGCAGUCGUAAACCUUAAGAAACCAUACCAGCCAAUGCCACACUGAAGGCAGCAAUUCUUAAUGCCACGUCAGCGAGGGCUGAAAACAGAUGAUUUUGAGAAAGUCCAAAAGCAAUCAAAAAUAAAUAACUGCUUGAAGGCUGCUGAGCAGAGGCAUGGCCUCUCCAGGGCAACUGAGAAGCACGUUUGGAUGCCCAGAGCAUAGACUCCCCCUUGGAGGUGCAGAAGUAAUGGGCCGGUGGAAGAGCGUCCCCCCCGAGAGCCACGUGCCUUUCAUGAGCAGCCGCAGCGGGAGUCCGGGUUGAGUGGUGCUGGCUGCUGAGGGACAGAACUUGCCAUGUGGAUAGAGUGUCGGCUCCAUGAGAAGAAAAGAUGUGGAGUGGACUGCUACCUCCUGGCCUAAAUGAAAGUGAUGUUGAGUUGAAUUCUGAAGAUGAAGACACAUUAGAGAACUCGAGACUUAACUUAGAGGAAUAUAAAGAAGAUGAGACCGUUACAAAAGCUGAGAUCUCCGAUUUCCCUACAGAUGAACCAAAAACUGAAGCAGAGGCAAAUGUAAAUGCAUAUGAAGAAUGUCCUUCUGGAAUUCCCUCACAUAUGUGGAAUAAAUUUCAAGAAUUGCAUAAAAAACACUCUGAACAGAAAAACUCAUCUUCAAGGUUCAGGAAAAAAAGAAAACGCUCCAAAAAAGGUAAAUUGAAGAAUGAAGAAGAUCCUCAUAGUGAACAGGCCUCAAGUCAAACCCAGUUAAAGGAACUUUCUCAGUAUUUUGGAGUCAAUGACAGAUUUGAACCCCCUGUUAAAAAGAAAAAAAUUGACAAGUCAGGCCUUGAAAAGAGCCUGGACCAGGCUGUGGAAGAGUGGGACAUUGAGAAGGCUGAGGAGCUCAGCAACCAGCUAGCCACCCGGGAGCUUGGUGUAAAAAUUGCCAAAGCAAUUGCCUGCCACAACUUUGUGAAAGCCAAAAAGGAAGCAGAAAAUUCACAGGUUGCUCGAAAAAAGAAGAAACUUGCGUGGGGAUUUGAAGCAAAGAAGAGAUGGGAAACCAAAAGCAACAUGGGAUACAUGUAACUUGCCAGACUUCUUCAAGACUUUGUGUCUACUUGAGUUUUUCCUUGCAUCUUCAAUUGCUCGAUUUACUGAAAAGACUUUCCUGCUUAUGUUAAAUAACAUGUCAGGAAAUUGAUAGAAGUAGAAAAAAGAAGCAUAAAAUUUGGGAGUUGAUUAUCAAAUCUUUUCAAGCUUUUUCUAACGAGUUCAUCCUAUUGAAGUCAAUGGAAUUGAGUGUUAUGUUAUUUGUACAAGGAUUGUAAGCAUACAUACAGGGGAAAGAUAGAAAUGUAUUUAUUUGUGUAGGCCUACAGUAUAAAAUCAAUUUUACCUUUCAUCCAUUUGGUGUAGCAUAGCCAAUGAGCUCCUUGUACUUUCUUAUCUGUGCUCAGUGUAACUGCACUUAUUCUGGAAUUGUGUUUUUAAGAUUGACAUUUGUUUAUAAUGGAUUAGUCAUAAGUACAAGAAAAUUUCAAUUGAUAUUAUCUUUACAAAUGACUUUAUCUUACUGUUAUAAAAGUAAUUAUUGGUUCUUUAUUGGAUGCAGUAGAGUUGAUACCUCCAGUCACAUAAUAAAAGCAGUUCAUUAAUUUUUGUGUACCUUCCGAUAAAAGAUUAUAAUUUUUAAAAAGGACAGAAUGUAGUAUUUGGAGGAUGAUUUAAAUUCAGCUCUGCCCGGAAAUGCCUGCCUAAAUAUUUCUCUCAGUCAUGUCAUUCUUAAAAUUAUGAGAUGAUUCUUAGAAGAGAAAGUGGUGUAAUUAUAUUAGAAUGUUAUAACUCAAGACAACAUAACUUUGAACCUUCUGAGAACGUGGUUUGAUUGUUUUUACUCCUCUCCCCCAUUACUCCUUAAAAGACUGAAUGAACUAAUGAGGAUAGAGGACUGGUGCCAUGGAAAGGAGUUUUCAUUAAGCGCGUGUGUCAUCAUCCGAAUGAGGAGGGGCUCUGAGAAAUCAUAUAACCGGCUGGUCAGAAGACCGCGGCUGGAGGUUUUCGUUUGUAGCAGGCCUUUGGUAAUUUGGCGCCUCCCUACUUGGUGCUCAGUAGAGGUAAAGAACUGCUUACCAUGGUUUUCAUCAGUCACCUUCCUCCUUCAACCCUCAUGACAGGUUUUCUAGCUACCUGAUGGGAACUUCCUCUGGGUUGAUAAUAUAAAUUCAGGAACAUAGAAAACAUGUCAUUAUAAUUCUAUUGUUAUUUUAUUUUUAGAUUUACAUUAAUACCAAAAUUUUACUAA